AUGUUUGCAAUCGCAGGGUUGCCUCAAAAUGAGGAGACGAGACAGCAUAUCACGCGAGGCUCGAACGAUCGUUUUGAACUCGUCUCCGGUCCCUUGAUCAACCUUAAGAACAUGCACUAUGAAGCUUCGACUACCUGGCACGGCAGUGUCAUGAUUGUCACAAAGCCAACCCAAGAGCAGCCCCAGCUGCGCCUGCGCCAGGUAGGCGCCGUGGAUAGUGAAGCCCGGAACGACGAUGGCAGGGUCCCAACAAAUCAAACAGUCGAUGGCCUUAAGCUCUACGAGGAUCCCCUGAAAGCAUUCUGGCGAUUCUCGCUAACCGUGCCAGUCGCGGCAUUCGAGGCGCGCUGGGCGUACGACAUCCCCGGUCUGUACAACGAGUCUGGCGCCCAGGUCCAGGCACCUUGGGAAUUUGUGGUGCCUGCAGAAGAGCAGUCCAUGCGCAUCAUGUUUCACUCGUGCAAUGGCUUUUCCGUCGGCACAGACAUGAAUGCCUGGGUGGGGCCGAACCUGUGGAACGAUGUGAUGCGCGUGCAUAACGAGAAGCCAUUCCACGUUAUGGUUGGUGGCGGUGACCAGAUCUACAACGACGGUAUUCGUGUGGAUGGCCCGCUCAAGCCUUGGACUGCCAUUGCAAACCCGCACAAGAGACGCGCCCAUGACUUCGAUAAUAAGAUGCGCGCUGAGUGCGAUGACUACUACUAUGCCAACUACGUCCGCUGGUACAACACUGAGCCAUUCCGCACUGCCAAUGGCCGCAUCCCCCAGGUCAAUAUCUGGGAUGAUCAUGAUAUCAUUGAUGGCUUCGGCUCGUACACGGAUCACUUUAUGAAGUGUGCUGUCUUCCGGGGUAUUGGCGGUGUAGCAUUCAAGUAUUACUGUCUCUUCCAGCACCACAUGGCUCCUCCUAAGUCAACUUACACUACCGAUUCCCCACCGACUAUGCACGCCGUGAAUGGAACCUCCGGAAUUGACCCGCGUCAAGUGGAGAACACCUACGUUCUGGAGAACCAGGUCGAGGAUGACAGCUGGAUCAUCGGCAAACGGCCCGGUCCGUACGUGGAAGAGCGCAGUCGAAAUCUCUACAUGCGCUUCGGCAAGCGAAUUGCCUUUAUGGGUCUGGAUGCGCGCACAGAGCGCACCCGGCACCAGGUCAACUACGAGGAAACCUAUGAUAUGAUCUUCGACCGAUUGCAGCGCGAGAUUGUUGCCUCCAACGGCGACAUUAAGCACCUGGUGGUAUUACUAGGUGUGCCAAUCGCAUACCCACGUCUCGCAUGGCUCGAGAACAUCCUCACAUCCCCCUUGAUCGCCCCGAUCCGGCUGUUGAACAAGCGCUUCGGCGUGGCAGGUGGCCUCUUCAACGAAUUCGACGGCCAAGUCGAUCUCCUUGAUGACCUGGACGAUCACUAUACCGCGCGUCAGCACAAGCGCGAGCGCAAGAUGCUAGUCCACCGCCUACAAGAGUUCGCCCGCAGCCACAGCGUGCGCGUAACGAUCCUCAGUGGCGACGUCCACCUCGCUGCCAUCGGCCGCUUCUACUCGAAUCCGAAACUUAACCUCGCCGGUGAGAACGACCAUCGCUUCAUUGUGAACAUCGUCAGCAGCGCUAUCACCAAUAAGCCCCCACCUAAGGCCGUCGCUGAUCUCCUCGCUCGCCGAAACAAAAUUCAUCACCUUGACCGCGAUUGCGACGAGACCCUCAUGCCUUUCUUCGACCAGCAGCCUGGCGGUAAGGAGAAGAGCGCCCCCUUCAAUAAGGUUACCAUGCCAUCCCGCAACUACGCCAUUCUCACCGAGGUAGUCGCCCCGAGUCCCGGUAACACCGGUAUCCUCGAAGCCAACUCCGCAAAACUGGAUCACCUUCCCAAGGAUGGCCACGCACCUCUACACAAGGGUGAAGUCGAUGCUGGAACGACACACACCGCCGCUGAUGGGUUCACCUGUGCAAGCGGCAUGUAUGGCGGACUUGAUGUCGCCGUCCGUGUUGAGAUCGAUCCUCAGGAUCGUAGCGCUGCUACCGAGGGAUAUGGAUUUAGCAUUCCUCCCUUGUUGGCUAUUGAGGGUCCCCCGUCUACUGGUCACCGACUUAGUCUGCAUUCGCGCAGGUCGCACCAGGGCCGGCCGUCUACGGCGCACUAA